CUCCGGGUCAUACAUGGUAAUAGAGGAUCUACUUUCUCGGAACGAACUUUUCGACAUUUUCUGUUGCAACCUUUCCAUAACAUCAAAGAUUUGACUCAGAGCAGUAUUGCGAUGGUUCCAACAACAUAUUGAGUUUUUGAUGCUGUACUAUGAUGUGAGUCGAAGUUUAAAUUUUUGUUCAACACACAAAUAUCUGCAACAAGUAGAAACAAAUCUAGCGAACAAACAUCAGUGAGACCUUACGUUGUGGUGGUGGCUUUCCUGAUACGAAUGAAACCGCAGUUGUAGCUGGAGUGCGAAAUAGGACUCCUCGCCGACAAGACACGGGCCGAUACAGUUUCAUUUUGAGUAAAAACUGGCGACAAAAGAAGUACGAGUACAAGCAGAAAGAGAAACACCUGCUGCUGCGGAACACAACAACUACAAAGACAGCAGUGGCAGUCAGCCUUGACAAGCAAUUUCAACAUCUUCACAAAUACAACCUCACGUCAGAACAACCGUUGCAGCGACGUCUGAAAAGCAACAAGAUAGAAAGAUAGCACAGUUCGAGCAUCGCACUGUGGUGAGUCAAGAGCAGCACGACAGGGAAAAAUAAAGCGACAGCAACGACAAAUAUACCAGUGACCCGAGAAGCACCGCAGGACAACAAGCGACAAAAUGAGUUUCCAAAAGUACUACGAUGCGCUCACGAGCGACGAAAUGGACUUCGUCGGACAGAAGAACGCGUAUAAUUUUGAAAAUACCGUUUAGAUUAUUUUUGCUUUCAUAUUCAUGAUCGUUCGAAGCAUGCUUCGUUGAUUCUGCAUGACCCCCAUCAUGACAAUGGUCGUUUCUGAUGCUUGUAGCUGAGCAAGUCGUGCAACAAGACAAAGUCCAUCAAUAAUCCAACCAAACUUCCCUAUCUCGUCCCAUCAACAGAUACGACCUCCAGAGUAUGCUCAUCUACGGUUUUUCCACGCUCGGCUUUCUCUACGGCUUCUGGGAACAGUCCUUCAUCUACUGCUUCUACGCAACACUCAUCGGCUGCGCGCUCGCCACCGUCGCCUGUCUCCCGUCCUGGCCGUGGUACAUGCAGGACCCGUUGAAGUGGCAGCCUGCAGCGGAUCGGGAAAGAUAUAGUUAUGACAAUGAUGAAGAGUACUUUGGGGAGGUAAACGCGACGAGUUCUUCCAAGAAGGAUAAUUGAUGUUGAACUUGACGCUUCUUGUUGCGGGUGUAGAUAAGUACAAGUAGUCGCACGUGAGUUCCUUCAAAAAGAGGCAUCGAACUACACACAGAAGAAAUUUGACCAGUAGACAGAGAGUCAUGCUUUUAAAU